AUGAGCGACAACGAUACUAUUCGGCAAAGAAUCAUAUCUUCCGUUUUCAGCAAGCGCAAUGCCGGCGGAGUCUCCGAGGAUUAUGUUGCACACCUUAAGAUCUGGGAGGAGACCGAAGAUGGCUCCUCGAAACCUCGAUUCAUCUUGUUAGCUCAGACGGCUGAGGGCUCCGGAGUACUUCACAAAUCGAAGUUGAAUACAAAUGGGUCAUUUUCCGUUGGCAAAACAUGGCGUCUGCCGGAGCUCAGGGGGAUUGAGGUUGUAGAGCCGACUUCUUUCAACAUAAGCUUAGCUCGUACAUACAAAUGGCGGACAGAUAAUGCUCGAGACCAGCAGAAUUUCUUACUGGUCAUGGUGCAGCUCUUCCGCGACAUCACCGGGGGUAAUUCGCCCUUGCAAGUCAUCGGUCUACCAGAAGCUCCUCCUCCUGGCCGAGUGGUUCCCAACGAAUCGCGUGGACUUCCCUCCUCACCCAGCGGCUCUCUUGCUUUGCCUGCGGCGAAUCGUAUUCCCGCGUCUUCCAGACCUCGAACCCCAUCUCGGGACUUGGAUGCCCCGCGAAGUCGUGUUGCAUCUCCGACACCGCGCUCUCAAUCUCGUGCACCUGGGCCUUCGAGGCCGGCUUCACCUGCGAACGGCUUGCUCGUGUUGCCAAGUCGUCCUGAAGGGUCUACGGGAGCCUCAAGGACUCGCCCAUCUUCACCAAAUUCUUCUAGCGUUAGUUCAGCACGUCCUCGUGAACGUCGACGACCGUCAAACGCUACCCUUUCGUCACGAACGGAAUCAGCGGCUAGCGACGGGCCACCCACGCAGUCAGCUUCAAAACAGCCACCACUAAACGCCGAUUCCUCUAAAAUGAAUGGGACCAUUUCCCGUUUUCCAGACGCAGGAAGUGCACCACUACUGGGAAGCCGUCCAUCUCUAGACGCCCGAAGGCCCGAUAUGACUUCGGUCAAAUCCACGUCAUCCGAUAGACUUUCCGCGACGCGCUCGACGAAAGCAGUUUCCCCUGCACCGUUAGGACGUUCCCGGAAGAUGUCAUCGCAUGUUACUGGUGGCACAACGGAUCCGCUUCCCCAGCCGAGGGAGAGAAACGCCCGGGUGUCAUUCUUCGAUCCUGUCAAUCAAGCAACGCUUGACCGUCUGAUCUCAGGAGCGGAUGCGGAGUCCGCGGAAGAUGCCGAUGGUGCAAAUCAGGAGACAGCUCAGGACACGUUGGCUAGUGUGGAGGAGAUGCUGGAGGGCUACGAAUGGGCUAGCGAGGACGUACUGAGCAUGAAGAGAACCAGAGGAGCAGCUGAACAGAUUGAGUCCCGGCUUCUGAACGAACUAUUGGCUCUGGAGAAGGCUAGCAUACACUCGUUCAUAGAGUCCGAUGACAGGGUUGGCGUCGUUCUGAAGUAUCUCGACGAUGCCAUCAAUGACCUCGAUGGGAUGGAAACCCUCCUUUCAUCGUACAAAAUUCACUUGAAUGCCGUUAGUGAUGAUAUCGCCUACAUCCAGUCACAAAAUCGAGGUCUACAAGUACAAACCCAAAACCAAAAGGCGUUGUUAGCCGAAAUUGAGCAACUGAUGCAAACUGUACAUGUGAAUCAAGAAGCGUUGACAGUACUCACCAAUGAAUCCUUGGAGAAGCCUACUAGCAUUGAGAGGUUGGAAGAAGCCGCCGGUGAAUUGUACAAAGCAUUGCAGGCGGGGCGGGAUAGAGACAUGGCUGCAACGAUGGAAAGAUUGGACGAAUAUCGGACCUACAACUCGCAGUUCUGCAAGCGUCUAUUGGAUUACCUGUCAAUCAUGUUCAAUGCGCAGGCCAAAAUGCUCCUCGGGGACACCGAAGGCAUAUCCCAACCUAGCGGCCGCGGGCGUCCUGAUAUCUAUCCGCAUACAGAGCUGGAGAAUUAUCUUGGACGCUACUCAGGCUUACUGUUAUAUCUGAAGGAGAUGGACGAGAGCGCAUACUCCAGAAUCUGCGGGGCCUACUUCUCCGCUGCGAGUGAUCUGCAUAGUACGCAGAUGAAGGCUCUACUUGCCGCCUAUGGUGAUAUGAUCAAGACAAGUGAUGAUAUUGACGACCCUAUGGGCACGAAUACAACGCCUACCACCGGUGGAUUCCGAGCAGUUGCUGGCAGUCAGAUACGAAGAGCCGGGACAUUGAUGAAAUCCAAUCGUGAGAAUCGUGUGAAGGACAAGGACAGACCUGCCGACGCGGGUUUGCGAGCAUCUGAGGCCUUUGCCUACGUGCUCGAGCGUAUAGCUCCUCAGAUCUAUCGUGAAGACGAAUUCCUGUCGGACUUCCUGCAGAUAAACGACGCGGCGUUGACUUUUGCGGAUUACAUGGCCAUGGAAAACUAUUUCCGAAGACAAGCGGCCAUAACCAGCGGACUCGGUCCGGCGACUAUGAAGCUUAUUAGAGGGGCUCUGGACCUUAUCUUUGGCUUUUUGCAAGGGGAGCUGCGAGUGUGGAUCGAUGCGGCGCUGGACAAAGAUAACAUGCAGAUCGUUGGGAUGGUUGCGACCAUAGAGAAGUUUCUAGUGGACGCCGACGAGAGGGGGAACGCGUUCUGCAUGAAUGUACUCGAGAAACAGCAUUCGCGCCUCAAAGCGCUCUACGAACGUCAUAUUAAUGAACAAAUCAAGAUCGUCGAAGAUACGAAAUUGACGUCAAAGAAGCGAAAGGGCGUAGCACCGUUCAUUCGCCAUUUCCCUGCCUAUCUCUCGCGGACUGAAGCCCAGCUCAUUGGGGCGGACACGUUGGAGAUCCGCCAACGGGUUAAUGGUGCAUACGACCAAAUCAUCCAAGCUAUGUUCGACUGUCUCCAGCAGAUGGCCAAAAUCUCUGACGAGGGUGAAGACAAAGGGCAGUUGAAUUAUCAUGUCAUCCUGAUCGAGAAUAUGUAUCAGUUCAUGUCAGAGAUGGAGCAAAUCGAGAUCGGUGCCGUAGCAGGAUUCUCCGCGCGUGCUGAGGCAAUCUAUCGGGAGAAUGUGCAAGCCUAUGUCAAGAUCGUGCUCCGCAGGCCGUUCGCUAAGAUAAUUGAAUACUUUGACGGCGUCGAGCGUCUUUUGAAGACCACCGCACCCUCAGAAGUUAGCAACAACGCGAGUUACAAUAAAUCGGCUCUGAAAAGAGUGGUCAAGGAAUAUACCGGCAAGGAUAUUCGGAAGCACGUUGACGUCCUGUACAAACGUGUGGAAAAGCACUUCACCAUCGAAGACAAGGCGGCCACUCCUAAGCCAAUGCAGGCAUCUGACGUGCUUCCUGGAGUGUGGAAGGCUUGCGAAGAUGAGCUGCUACGAAUCACGGAUUUAUUUAACAAGCGCAUCGCACAGUGCUAUGAAGGGAGCGGGGUGUCGCUGGAAUACUCUUCUAGCGAUGUGGAAGCAGCUUUCAAGAAACAUCAAACGACGACUUGA